AUGGGUGGAGGAGGAAAAACAGUAGGGAUUGAUUUAGGAACAACAUAUUCAUGUGUAGCAGUAUGGCAAAAUGGCCGAGUUGAAAUCAUUGCUAAUGAUCAAGGAAAUCGAACUACUCCAUCUUAUGUUGCGUUUACUGAUACUCAACGUUUCAUCGGUGAUGCUGCUCUUAAUCAAGUUGCUAUGAAUCCUAUCAACACUGUUUUUUGGAAAAUGAACGAUACCACGGUUCAGAGUGAUAUCAAGCUAUGGCCUUUCAAAGUCACCGCUGGUGUUGACAUGAAGCCCAAGAUUCAAGUCAAAUACAUGGGCAAGGUUAAAACGUUGUCACCCGAGGAAAUCUCAUCCAUGCGUCAAGCUACUAAAGAUGCCGCAAAAAUUGCUGGAAUAAAUGUACUGUGUAUCAUGAAUGAGCCAACGGCAGCAGGAAUUACUUACGGCCUUGAUAGGAAGGCGACUAAUCCAAACACUAUAAAGGCGACCAAUGUUGUUUCACAGAAUGUUGUUAUCUUUGAUCUUGGUGGUGGUACUUUUGAUGUUUCAAUACUCAACAUUAAAGAGGGUAUCUUUGAAGUCAAGGCUACAGCUGGAGAUACCCAUCUUGGAGGAGAGGAUUUCAAUAACAGAAUGGUUAAUCACUUUGUCCAUGAGUUCAAAAAGAAGCACAACAAGGACAUUAGUGGAAAUCCCAAGGCUCUUAGGAGGCUGAGAACAUCUUGUGAGAGGGCAAAGAGAUCUUUAUCAUCUACUACUCAGACAACGAUUGAGAUUGAUGCUUUGUAUGCAGGUGUUGAUUUUCAUGCAUCCAUAACUCGUGCUAAAUUCGAAGAGUUGAACAUGGAUUUGUUCAAGAAAUGUAUAGAGACUGUUGAGAAGUGUUUGACAGAUGCACAGAUGGAAAAGAACAACAUUCACGAAAUCGUGCUAGUAGUUACUAAAAGCGCCUGGUCCGGGCGCAUGUAUUAUGACCGUAUGCGGGAGACGGACGUAUUAUUAACGUCUGUUGGUAUUGCUGGUCCGUUGUUACUUGAUGGGAGAGAAUAUUCAGUACCAAUGGCUACUAUUGAAGGUUGUUUGAUUGCUAGUACAAACCGUGGGUGUAAAGCGAUUUACGUUUCUGGGGGUGCUACUAGUGUUCUUUACUAUCAGAAGAAUCCAGUACCUACUAGCUGUGAUUUUGGAGGUGCUGCGAUGCUUGUUAAUGCCAACCCAUAUUUCUUUGAUGGAAAGGAGCUCUGCAAGAACAUCAACCCUGAUGAGUCCGUGGCUUAUGGUGCUGCAGUGCAAGCUGCUAUUUUGAGCGGUGAGGGUAAUGAGAAGGUGCAGGACUUAGUAUUGUUGGAUGUCACCCCUCUUUCUCUUGGUAUCGAGGUAAUAGGAGAUCUUAUGAAUGUUAUUAUCCCAAGGAAUACAACCAUCCCAAUCAAAAAGGAAAGGGAGUAUCAUACAACACCUCGUGGGGUUGCUAAAUAUACAGUGUGCUUUGAUUUGGAUGCAAACGGCAUAUUGAAUGUGUCUGCCCUGGACAAGACAACUGGGAAUAAAAAUCAAAUGACUAUUAUCAAUGGCAAAGGAAGAUUGUCUAAGGCUGAGAUUGAUAGAUUGGUUCGGGAGGCUUUAAAGUAUAAGUCAGAAGAUGCGGAACACAGGAAUAUGGUGGAAUCAAGGAACUCCUUUGAGAAUUACGCAUACGAGAUGAGGACCACGAUCAAUGAUAUCAAAGGAAAGCUAGCAUCAGAUGAUAAGAAGAAAAUUGUGGAUGCAGUCAAUAAUGCCAUUCAAUGGUUGCAUAAUGAACUAGUUCACUCAAAAGUUACAGAUGGCAAGAUGAAGGAGUUACAGAAUGUAUGCAACCCUAUCAUAGCUAAGUUGUACCAGCAGGGUUGUACUGAUAAUGGUCCUUUAAAAAGAGCAGCUACCAGUACUGUACCAAAAAUCGGGAUAAUCCAGAAAAUCUUGAGAUCGUUUGGUUUCUUCUGA